AACUUGCUGGAAGAGUAUCCCCAGGCUCAGAAUGAUCACGGAAAGUCGUAAUUAUAUCUGCAUUAAUUGUGGAACUCCCACAGUGGAAUUGUGUAAAAAAUAUAGUGAAACUGUGUUAAAACUUGUGAACUGUUCAAAAUGUAAACUUGUAGCCGACAAAUAUAUUGAGUAUGACAUCGUAAUUGUAAUUAUUGAUUUAAUACUACUUCAAAAGGAAGCGUAUCGUCACAUUUUAUAUAAUUCCGAAUUUACUAGCCACUGGAAGCUUGCUGCAAUGUUGCAAAUGAUGGAAGCAUAUUCCGACUGGGUGCGUACUGCAAAGCACAAACGUAAUUAUAAAUUAACAUAUGAAUAUGCAACAACUGAUGUUGAAUUAUAUAUGCUGAGCUUUCGAGUAAUCUUCAGAAGUAUUUGCUACCUGCUGAUAAUACUAGCAUUAACUGCAGUGUACAAUUUAGUUAAGAAGCAGAAGAUCUCCAAAUCAUUUCCAAUUGUUUGGAAAGCUAUCGUCCUGUCUAACUUUGGGUCAUUUCUUUUGCUCCCUUCACUAAUUUGGGAUAGCACCUUACAAGAUUUGCAUAUUAUUUUUGUGGCGCUCUACACCACAUUGUCCCAAUUGUUGGCGUAUACUGUUGUCUGUAACUGUGUGAAGCUAUGGUCAGUUGCUGUGAUCGUUAUAGCUUAUAAUGGCAAAAUGUAUGCAAAUGAACUGUAUGAUAUUAUGUAUAGCACUUUAUAUAACUUUUUAACGUAAUCAAUUGAUUUAUCAAAUUGUCAAUCACAAAA